GUAGCCUAACCGUGAGUUGUGGUUGAAAUCUUGAGGAACUGCUAUUUUGCGAUUGCUAAAGGGAUUCGAUAAUGGGAUGGAUUUGGAGAGACGAUGAUGACGGCCAACAAAUGUCUUCGCGUGACAUUAGCGAAUUUGGGAGAUCUGACUCUCCUACCCAGGAUCGUUGUUCCACCAGAAAGGUUGUGAAAUCCCAGUGCAGAACAGAGGAGGUCGAACCUGGAAGAUUCGUCAGGAAGUGCGAGAAAACAGAAGAGGUCCUCAGGGAUUGUAUUGGAAAGCCUGUUGAAGUAAUUCAAUCGAACAAGGAGUUUACUGAAGAAGAUGUCACUGAUGCGGUUCAGAGGGGAGGGUCAUUCAUGUUUGGAUCACCAGGGCUGCAAAGUGACAUUGAGGCCCUUGAACGCAACUUCUUUGGAGGCGUCAGUCGUUUUUUCGAAGCAGCUGAAGAAAUGAGCAAUGGCUUCUUUGAUGUGUUUACAAGGGCUCCACGAAUAUUUGAUGGGGACUCAUCCUCCUCCAUGAAGAAGGGGAUACCUAUUGAAGAAUUUCCUCGACAGGAAGCCUCGUCUAAACCCAAACCCAAAGAGUACGGAUCAAUAGAUGCCGAUCUAUCUGGAUUGGCUCAGGAUGUUUGAAUAGAGCCACUGACGUAAUAUUAAUACAUGUCGGCCUUUCGGAUAUGCUUAGUGUUUGAUAGUGGACUGUGGAAGCGCAGACUAGACAAGAAUCUAUUCCAAUAACAUGUUUCUUCUGCGUUGAUUUUUCACAUUUUCCUUGCUUGUCUGGCCACUGAUUUCGUAUAGGAAUUAGGUUUCCGACUUUUUGAAUGAGCAUCUUCCAAGUUCCUAUCUGUUUCCCUAAAAAAUGUGGAUUGGGCAUCACAGCUUGCCCCGAAUUUUCCAGACGAUUGUGUCUGUACUUUUCUUAAAGGCGGAGAAAAGAUUGGGUCAAA